UCAGAAAGGAGCCCGAUAAGUACACUCUACUUACUCAUUGAGAUGGCAGAUGCCAGUAUUAGGACAUCAGGUAAGGACGAGGCCAGCUGUCCAGUCUGUCGAGAUCUACUGAAAUAUCCAGUGACUUGUAACUGUGGUCAGAGUUUUUGUUCAGCGUGUGUUCUCAGUCUAAGCAGGGACAGUCCAAAGGGAUCCCACAGCUGUCCUCAGUGCGGAGAAAUGUUCACUCCGAAACCAUCCAUCAAGGUCAAUGAUCUGUUGGAGAAAAUGAAAAAAGUGGAGCUAUCUUCUUCGAACCAUCCUUCGGAUCCAAGCUAUGCCGGACCUGGAGAUGUGAAGUGUGAAGAAUGCACUGGAAGAAAACACAAAGCCGUCAAGUUUUGUUUAAUGUGUAGGGCUUCCUUCUGUGAAAGUCACCUAAUACCACACACCACAGUGCCCUUCCUGAAGAGACACAAGCUGAUCGAAGCCUCCCCAGACCUGCAGGAAAACUUCUGCUCCCAACAUGACAGACUCAAUGAGUUCUAUUGCCGUACAGACCAAAAAUGUAUUUGUGCUUCUUGUGCGCUGAAUGAACACAAAGAACAUGAUACUGUUGAAGCGGAAACGGAAAGGAUGGGAAAACAGACUGAGAUUGCAGAAAAGCAAAGAGAGGUAAAGCAAAGAAUUAAGGAAAAACAGAAAGAGCUGGAUGAGCUGAAACAGUCUGUAGAUACACUAAAGUGCUCUGCACAGGCUGCAUUAGAUGAAAAUGCGAGGAUCUUCACUCAGCUGAUCCACACCAUUGAGAAAACAUGCUCUGAGGUAGCAGAGCUCACCAGAGCUCAAGAAAAGAUGGAAUAUAAUCAAUUUUGGCAGCAGUAUGAGCAGCUGGAGCAGGAGAUCGCUGAGCUCUACAGGAGAGACACUGAGCUUCAGAAGCUGUUAAACACGGAUAAUAAUGUAUCAUUCCUACAGCAUUUCCAGUCUCUCUCUUCACUAUCUGCAUCUGUGGCCAGCGUAACUGUCAGUCAGCAUAUUAAACCCGAUCUUGUGAGGAAAUCUCUUUCUGAUCUCAAAUUGGAAUUGGAGAAAUUUGACAAGGAGGAGUACAGAAUUAUUUCAAAUGUUACAAAUUUUCAGAUGAGAUUUCCUUUUGAGACAGUAAACACUGAGGAUUUUCUUCGAUAUUAUCGGACGUUUACACUGGACACGAUGAGCUCAGAGUUUCUGAAAACAAGAGAGAAGCACUGUGCCGUGAGACAAUCCGACCGUAUGUUCAGCAUCCCAAGAGAUUUGAUUAUUGGCCCCAGGUGCUAUGCAAAGAAAGUAUCAGCUCUGGUGACUCUCAUCUCACUUGAUGACAUUUCUGAGUACGAGAGCUCUGAGGAUGAUAGCAGAGACUUCUCAGAUCUGUUUGUUGGUGACUUCAUUAUAGUGAAGUUCACCACCAAAUGCAGGAGCUAUCGUCACAUUGGCAUGGUUAAGAAACUAGAGGAUGACGAAGCGAGCCAUUCAACGCAGAGUACUAGUAUCUAUAAUGUUCCCGCGGUAACUGGAGUCGUAAAAGAGUGUUUUUUUAAUCCACAGAACCAGGUCGAGAAAAUGCAGAGAACAACCAAGCAGAAAAUCCAGAACAAACUGAAAGCAAUAGAGGAGCUGAAGCAGGUCAUGAACGCACUGAAGUGCUCUGCUCAGACAGCCGUGGAGCACAAUGAGAAGAUCUUCACCGAGCUCAUCUUCUCCAUUAAGAAGAGACAGCAUGAGGUGACACAGCUGAUCAGAGAUCAGGAGAGGACUGAAGUGAGUCGAGCCGAAGGACUCCUGAAACAGCUGGAGCAGGAGAUCGCUGAUCUCCAGAGGAAAGACACGGAGCUGGAUCAGCAUCCACACACAGAGCAACCUUUUCCUUUCGAGAAUCUCUCUGCUUCUUCUGAAUCUGAAUCGUCAUCCAGUAUGACUGUUAAUCGUAUUUCAUUUGAUGCACUGAGGAAGUCUCUGUCUGAUUUAAAACAACAUUUUGAAGAUUUUUGUCAGGAGAAGAUCAGUAAUAUCAUCUCUGUUGUGGCAAGAAUUCAGAUUUUACCAUUAACCAGCAAUCACUUUAAGCAAUAUUUUUGCAGCUUCACCCUUGAUCCCCACACAGCGAUUGAGCACAUCAUCCUCACUGAGAACAACCGACGGAUGACAUACCCUGAGCAUUUAGGGAUUUAUAAGUUCCCCUGCAAGGUGUUUUGCAGAGAGAGUGUGUUUGGACGUUGCUAUUGGGAGGUGGACUGGACCGGGACGUGUGUGCAUAUAUCAGUCUCAUAUAAAGAAACGAAUGGCAGAGGAAAGGGAUUAGUUGGUAUGUUUGGAAACAACGACACAUCUUGGAGUCUGCAGUGUUUUCCCAAGCCUGUUUUCUGGCAUAAGAGCAUUAAAACUGAGAUCCCAAGCCCUCUGUCCUCAAGGGUGGGUGUGUUUGUGGACUACAAAGCGGGAACUCUGUCUUUCUACAGUGUGUCUGAUACACUGACCCUCUUACACAGCGUACAGACCAUAUUUACUCAACCCCUGUAUCCUGGGUUUUGGUUCAGCGGAUCAGGUUCUGGAGAUCUCCUCAACUUAGACAACUCUGCGGCAAGCCCCAGUGUGUUCUCCUCAGUCAAACUGUGUGAUCCGUAAACAAAUAUUAUCUAAAAGCAGCCUUGCUUACAUACUUUACAUAUUUGCGAACUAUUAUAAAACAAAACAUUUAGAAAUUGUUUUUUUUUUCCCCUUCUAAACGUUGACCAUUCAGAAGAAUCUUAGCUGAACAAUAAAACAAGACAGCAAUAAUAACG